AUGCGCAUUGCACUGCGCCAAAACAACCUGGAGUACGGACACGACCAUUUGAUGGAUGUAUCCCAUCCGUCCUCAAGCAACUACGGCAAGCAUUGGUCGGCAGGAGAGGCUCAUGACUACUUCGCACCCAGCGAUGAGACUGUUGGAGCAGUCAAAGACUGGCUGCUAAGCUAUGGGAUUCACGAGAACGACAUUUUCCAUUACGAAAACAAGGGCUGGCUUGCCGUCGACCUUCCCGCAAGCCAUGCUGAGAGCAUGCUCAACACAGAGUAUUUCGAGUAUGCCACGUCCGGUUCUCAUCGCAUUGGCUGUGAUCACUACUCUCUUCCAGCACACCUCUCCGACCACGUGGACUUCAUCAAGCCCGGAGUAAAGCUUUCGGCACCAUUGAAGAAGCGACAGGUCAAGCGGGAUGGCUGGCCAGGAGGUGGUUAUUGGGGUCAUGGUGGUUACGGUGGUCACGGUGGUCCCGGCUGGCCAGGCCCACCUCAUUUUCCCGCGCACCAUUGGCCGCAUUGGAAACCACCACACCAUGCGCAUGGUCUUCCGGAGAAUCUUCAGGCCUGCAGCGUCAACAUCACCCCUGUCUGCAUCAAAGCUCUCUACAACAUCCCUAACGCUCGCCUGAGUCAGCCGAUCAACGUGAUGGGCCUCUUCGAGGAGUAUGAUGCAUUCUCGCAGCAAGACCUCAAUCUAUUUUUCAAGAACUAUGCCCCAAACGUGCCACAGGGCACGUCGCCUCAAGUCAAUUCUGUGGACGGUGGCACCGCUCCCGUGGCAGCAGGGAGCGUACGCAAUUCUGGCGAGUCCGACAUCGAUCUUGAUCUGGCUUAUGCACUGAUCUAUCCACAGACUGUAACCGUGUAUGAGGUGGACGAUAUUCCCAAUGCUUCCGGAGAGAUCAAAACAGCUGGGUUCCUCAACACAUUCUUCGACGCUGUAGACGGAAGCUAUUGCACCUUCAAAGGGGGCGACUCUCCAAUUGAUCCCGUGUAUCCGGAUAAGCAUAAAGGCGGCUAUAAGGGCCAGACACAAUGUGGCACUUACGAGCUCACCCGAGUGCUGAGCAUCUCCUAUGGAGAAGCUGAGAGCGAAGUGCCCAAACGCUACAUGGAGCGUCAGUGCCUGGAGAUUAUGAAGCUGGGCCUUCAGGGCCACUCCCUCUUCUUAGCGUCAGGUGACUACGGUGUCGCAGGGUAUCCGGGGGAGGAACACGACAAGUUCGGCUGCCUGUCCGGUCACGGCCAGAAUGGAACCAUCUACAACCCUGACUCUGUGAGCAGCUGCCCCUACAUGACGUCGGUUGGGGCCACUCAGCUUGAACCGGACCAGACCAUCUAUGACCGGGAGAGUGCCAUGCAAAUCAACUUUACGGCCCUGUACGUCGAACGUGGCUACAACGUCACAAGCGGACCACUGGACUUCUUCGCCACGGGCGGCGGCUUCUCGAAUUACUUCACUCCGCCGCCGUACCAACAAUCCGCCGUUGCCGACUAUCUCGCCAGCCACAACAGCCUACCGUAUUACAUCGCCAACGCAGCCGCAUCCAACAUCGGCGAGAACGGUGGAGUAUACAACCGCGGCGGACGCGGCUACCCCGAUGUAUCGGCCAACGGCGCGUUUCUCCUCGCCUAUAACAAUCUCACCGUGAGCCAUUUCUUCGGCACGAGUCUGUCGGCGCCCAUCUUCGCGUCGGUCAUUACGCUCAUCAACGAAGAGCGGACUGCUAUUGGCAAAGGUCCUGUAGGCUUCGUCAACCCUACUCUAUACGAGCAUCCCUACGUCCUCAACGACAUCGUCAAUGGCUCGAACCCCAACUGCGGGUCCUCCGGGUUCCAGGCAGCCCCUGGGUGGGAUCCUGUCACAGGUCUUGGCACGCCGAAUUACCCGAAGAUGUUGGAGCUAUUCAUGAGUUUGCCAUGA